CAGCCUCACUGCCGCUGUUGGGGAGGAGAGGCCGCCCCAGGAGGAGGGCCCGGAGAGGGGGACCUGCAUUCCUGGAGGGGGAGCUCUGGGAGGGCCAGGCCUGCUGGGGAGCAGGGAGUUGGAACUGUUAGCCACAGGCUGGGACCAGGGUGCACAGUCUGGCCCACUCGCCAUGGGAUGAAGCUGCUUGCUUGGGCUCUUCACCUCCACGGGCUUGGCAGGCAGGCAUCUGCCUGCCAGUGUCUGGGGCUCAGGAGCUCCAUGGGGCCCAGGCAGAGCCGCUGGGCUGCCAUCCAGGACAUUGGAACCGGGUCUGAUCUGCGGGGUCAACCCUGUGCCAUUGCAAGGCCCCAAGCAUGGUCAAGGCUGCCUGCUGUGAACCAGCCCCCGCCUACCUGGUCUUCCUGGCAUGUGCCCGACCCGUGGAUCAUGCGGCCUGAUGACGCCAACGUGGCUGGCAACGUCCACGGGGGAACCAUCCUGAAGAUGAUCGAGGAGGCCGGGGCCAUCAUCAGCACCCGGCACUGUAACAGCCAGGACGGGGAGCGCUGCGUGGCCGCCCUGGCCCGGGUGGAGCGCACCGACUUCCUGUCACCCAUGUGCAUCGGCGAGGUGGCGCACGUCAGCGCCGAGAUCACCUACACCUCCAGGCACUCCGUGGAAGUCCAGGUCAACGUGAUGUCCGAAAACAUCCUCACAGGUACCAAGAAGCUGACCAACAAGGCCACCCUGUGGUAUGUGCCCCUGUCGCUGAAGAACGUGGACAAGGUCCUAGAGGUGCCUCCUGUUGUGUACUCCCGGCAGGGGCAGGAGGAGGAGGGCCGCAAGCGGUACGAGGCCCAGAAACUGGAGCGCAUGGAGACCAAAUGGAGGAACGGGGACAUUGUCCAGCCCGUCCUGAACCCAGAGCCGAGCACGGUCGGCUACAGCCAGUCCAGCCUGAUCCACCUGGUGGGGCCGUCCGACUGUACCCUGCACGGCUUUGUGCACGGAGGUGUCACCAUGAAGCUCAUGGAUGAGGUGGCCGGGAUCGUGGCUGCGCGCCACUGCAAGACCAACAUCGUCACAGCUUCUGUGGACGCCAUUAACUUUCACGACAAGAUCAGAAAAGGCUGUGUCAUCACCAUCUCUGGGCGCAUGACCUUCACGAGCAAUAAGUCCAUGGAAAUUGAGGUCUUGGUGGACGCCGACCCCGUGGUGGACAACUCGCAGAAGCGCUACCGGGCAGCCAGUGCCUUCUUCACAUAUGUGUCCCUGAACCAGGAGGGCAGGUCGCUGCCUGUGCCCCAGCUCGUGCCCAAGACCGAAGACGAGAAGAAGCGCUUUGAGGAAGGCAAAGGGCGGUACCUGCAGAUGAAGGCGAAACGGCAGGGCCAAGCAGAGCCUCAGCCCUAGAUGCCCUCCUCCUGCCUCUGGAGCCUGGAGCAGACCAGCAUCUAACCACCUUGAAGUUACCCCCUUGGCCAAAAACCCAAUUCACGUUGAGACCUGAUGUUGUGUGAAGUAUUUGUCUCACAGUGUUAACCUGUACUUCUGAAAACCUAUACACCAAAGCUUUAUUUAUAUCAUUCCAGUGUACAUGCUACAGUGUUGCCCCCGACGCCCGUGGCAUUCCCUAGGGAAUACUUGGGCACACCCUGUACAGUAUACAAAGAAUCCAGCAUCCCUAAUAAAGCUGCUGUUUGGCUGGA